ACACGCCGGCCACUUGGUUCUGUCCCAGGUGGAGGUGGCCUGAGGCACUUGGUUCCCUCUGCUCUCGUAGCUCUGGCGGAGUCUGCGCGAUGGGAGACCCGGAAAGGCCGGAAGCGGCCAGACCCGAGCAGGAGGAGAGGUUAUCUUCAGAUGCCAACGAAAAUGAAGCAAAGUCAAAUGAAGAGCCACUCCUAAGAAAGAGUUCUCGCCGAUUUGUCAUCUUCCCAAUCCAGUACCCUGACAUUUGGAAAAUGUAUAAACAGGCACAGGCAUCCUUCUGGACAGCAGAAGAGGUUGAUUUAUCAAAUGAUCUCCGUCACUGGAACAAGCUUAAAUCAGAAGAGAAGUAUUUUAUCUCUCACAUCUUAGCCUUUUUUGCAGCCAGUGACGGAAUUGUGAAUGAAAAUUUGGUGGAGCGCUUUAGUCAGGAGGUGCAGGUUCCAGAGGCUCGCUGUUUCUAUGGCUUUCAAAUUCUCAUCGAAAAUGUUCACUCAGAGAUGUACAGUUUGCUAAUAGACACUUACAUCAGAGAUCCUAAGAAAAGGGAAUUUUUAUUUAAUGCAAUUGAAACAAUGCCAUAUGUUAAGAAAAAAGCAGAUUGGGCCUUGCGAUGGAUAGCAGAUAGAAAAUCUACUUUUGGGGAAAGGGUGGUGGCCUUUGCUGCUGUAGAAGGAAUUUUCUUCUCGGGAUCUUUUGCUGCUAUAUUCUGGCUAAAGAAAAGAGGACUUAUGCCUGGACUUACUUUUUCCAAUGAACUCAUCAGCAGAGAUGAAGGGCUUCACUGUGACUUUGCUUGCCUGAUGUUUCAAUACUUAGUAAAUAAGCCUUCAGAAGAAAGGGUUAGGGAGAUCAUUGUUGAUGCUGUUGAAAUUGAGCAGGAGUUUUUAACAGAAGCCUUGCCAGUUGGACUCAUCGGAAUGAAUUGUGUUUUGAUGAAACAGUAUAUUGAAUUUGUAGCUGACAGAUUGCUUUCAGAACUUGGAUUCUCAAAGGUUUUUCAAGCAGAAAAUCCCUUUGAUUUUAUGGAAAACAUUUCUUUAGAGGGGAAAACAAAUUUCUUUGAGAAACGAGUUUCAGAGUAUCAACGUUUUGCAGUUAUGGCGGAAACUACAGAUAAUGUCUUCACCUUAGAUGCAGACUUUUAAAACCCUCCCCAUACAUAUCUAAGCUUAUCACUGGUAAAUAGCAGUCUGUUUUUCUCUGCUUAAAAAAAAACCACACACCUAAAAUAUCUUCUUUAGGACACAGGAGUUUGCUCAAAAGGAAAUCCAAAACCAACUAUCAAUCAAAUUGGAUUUAUAGAAAUAUGCUUUAAUCUUCCUGUUUAACAGUCAGCGUAUGACCUCUAAAUGCUUUUGUUUCAUCACUAAAAUAAGAUGGCAUUAUAUUUGUUAAGAGCAUGGCAUGAGGGGUCAGAUAAGAGUUUGAGAUUCUGUCCUACUUUGUGUGACCCUUGGUAAAUCAGUUAAUCUCUCUAAACCUCAGUGUACUUAUCUUUAAAACGAAUGUAAUAGUAGGUCCUAAAUUCAUAAAGUGUGUAUGAGGAUUAAGAUGCAAAAUAAGUUUUUAGCCAAUUACUGCUGUUGCAGCCUCCUCCUUCUUCCAUCCCCCUCUCCUAUUAUUAUUGUUGUUGUUGUUAGUAAUAGUAUUAAUUGCAGUGAUGUGAUAAAACACUCCCAUCUCCUCAAAGUAAUUGUGAUUCUAGGUCCUAAGAUCUAGAAUUAGAUCUUUGUAUUUUUAAUGUUUUAGGAAGAACAUAAAGAUUUCCUUAAAAACAUUAUAACUUUCAUUAACAUGAGAAUAACUUUUUUGAAUUUCUCAGUGUGUAGUUAAGGAAAUUUAGUUCUAAGUUGCUUUGGGCAGGAUACUUAUGGAGUGGAAUCUAGGAUGUUAUCAUGAUAGUUGACCUUGUAAGCAAAAUGAUUCUGAUCAUUCAGAAAUUAAAAGGGUAAUUUUAGCCAGAGGUAGCCCUGGAAUGUUUAAAACCAGAGUGAAUUAGCUAGAGUAGCAUUUCCCAAAGUGCAUUGUAAAAGCUGUUAGCCCCUCUAGAUAUUUUGUGGGGUGGUGGGGAGAGAUUCUGUGGUCAAAUGAGUUUGGGAAAUGUUGUACACUCCAUUCCUCUUUAGAAUGUAUAGUCAGUACAUCAAAGACUGAGAAAUUCUGCAGUACAUAAACUGAUUUCCCCUGGCAUAUUCCAAACCUACUUAACAAAGAUCUGUUUUUCACCUAUUAACAUUUCACCUAACUAUUGUUCCUCAGAACACAGGUUGGAAAGAGCUGGCCUAGAUAACUGUUCUAUACAUGGAGGAAGAGCUUGUGGACCAAGCAAGGGAGAAGCUGGUAGGGAUUAUUGAACCAUUUCAACUUUGUGCCAAGCUGAGUAAUGUACCUGUGAUUGACCUCAGCUAUAUUUCUUAUACUCCUACAGCUCUUAUAUGCUGUUAUGAGAUUUAAUUCUUUUAUGGAACGAUGCCUGCUGCAUGAUAGCAGAUGGUUAGGAAGGCUGAGGAAAGGCUGAGGAAAGGCCAGCAUCUGAGAAGUCUGCUCCCUCUCUCGUAGGGAACUGUCAAGAGGUAGCCUGAGCCCAAACAAGCAGUGGGGUUCCCCACUCACGGCAAAUUAUUUUAUACAAUUCUGAUUAAUAAGGUUUAGAAAUUUUCUCUUUGCAUAAAUUUUUGCUCCAUUCAUUCCACAACUAUCUAGUGGAUUAAAACUGGGAGUUUUCAAGUGGAUGCAAAAGCAACAGACCAUAACCUUAUCUGUUAGAGAGGAUAUCAGAAACUUGAGCUAUUUUGGCCUAUGAUAAUACCAUUUAUUUGUUCAAGGCUUCAUAGUUUGCCGAGUGUUUUUGCAUCACCUCAUUUGAUCUCAUAACAGCCUUAUGAGCUUGACAAAGCAGGUAGUAUUGACAUUUAUAGAUGGAGAGAGUGAGGCUCAGCAAAGUUCAAUGACUUGGCCAAGAUCUGCUCAUUGUCACUAUCCCUACAAUAUAUUUUUUUUCUUAGAAGUUGUAUUUCUGAUAUUUAGUCCUUUGCCAUCCAUCUUCACUUGGUUUUGCCUAUUUUUCCAUUAAACUAUCACAUACUUUAAUUAAGGUACCAUAUACAUUAAUUAAAGUAUCAUAGUAUAAUAAACAUUUUAACUAUAUUCAGGAAAUAUGUUCAAAGACAUUCAUCUACUGCCAUACAAAAACUUGCAUUUAAAAUUGAUAAAAUAUCGGUAGUGACAUCAGAAUGCAAGAAAAAACGUUUUAUAUUGCAUAUUCCUUUUGUUUUGAAUCCAAAUCUUUCUCAUAGGUAAUUACAGGUGCCUUAAUAUGAAGCUUAUUUAUUGUAGCAAUAAGCCUAACUGUAUUGAGAUGACAUUUUAAUACUGAAAUACUGGAUUUUUAAUACACUGGUUUAUUAUAUUCAGUAUUCUAUCCCCUUUUCCUGGCUUCCAGGUUUCAUAUUUAUUUAUUAUGUUUAGUGUUUUGGUUCUUAGUUCUUAGGGAAUCAAGAAGU